GUCACGACGAUAUUUCGUGCGGUUAGUUGGCGCGCGGGGCCCCGGUGACUAGGACGGGUAAGACAGACGCUCCGUAUAAAAGGAGAGACAGGAGACAGGGCCAAAACGAACAGGAUAAUAUUAUAAACGGAGCGACGACCACACAGUGACGACGACUGACGACAAAAGACGAUCGAAUAUUAAAGAAAAAUUUCUCUCUAUAUAUUUUUGUUCCCUUUCUGAUAUUUCUCUCUCUCUCUCUCUCUCUCUCUCUCGUUUUUCUACUGUCGUUUUCACACCGACUUCCGAGAAUCAAAGUGCGCGAUUGACGAGCCGUGAGCUCGACCCACUCGAACAGUUGAACCGUUCAUAAGGUGUCUGGAAUCGAGGAUUUCUAUCAGAGAAUCAUCACAGCGGAUCGUUUUUACUUGUCGUACCAAUUUGGAUAUUCCAACGCUCGCUUCAAAUUUGACGAGUAUCGUCAUCAGCGAAGGAAGGAGAGCGUCGGUUGGAUGGUGCCGCGGGUCGGCGCCGUUUAAACCAAUUUCAAGAGCAUAGACAAGAUUUCCAAGAAAGGAAGGGAAGCAAGAGAAACAAGCGAGCAAGUCCUCGAUUCCGAAGGCGAGAGGGUGGCGCGCCACCCGAGAAAUUCGCGGUAAAGGGAGGAGGGGCGAAGGCGACCCAACACCAUGGGGGUCGCCGACGAUUUCGCGCCGAGCUUCACCCAGAAGCCGCAACUCCGGCAAGAGGAUGACGGCAAUCGGCUGAUCUUCGAGUGUCAGUUGAUCAGCGCGCCUAAACCGGAAAUAUCAUGGUUUCGUGGCGAGACAGAGCUGAGCCCAGACGCCAGGACCAACUUCAAGAUGCAGAGCAUCGGGACGAACAAGUUCCUGGUGGUCCUGGAGCUCGACGACGUUAUCGAGACCGACGCUGGCCUGUACAAAGUCAAGGCGAGGAACAAAAUGGGCGAGGUCGCGGCUUCGAUUAACCUGAAUUUCAGCCCUGUCGACGAGCCUAGAGAGAAACAAAUCGAUGGAAUCGCGCCAACUUUUGCGAAGAAGCCCGCUAUCAGACAAGAAGACGACGGUAAACGAUUACUUUUCGAAUGUCGCAUCACGGCUGAUCCCACGCCAAAAGUAACAUGGUUUCACGAUGGAAGUAUGGUUAAAGAUUCACCGAGGCACAAGCUAACCGUCGAUAAAGAUGGCCACUCGUACUUCGCGACUCUGGAAAUCAAAAAUGUGACCGUCGAGGAUGCUGGUAAAUAUAAGGUCACCGCGAAGAACGAGCUCGGGGAAUCCAACGCCACUAUUUCCUUAAAUUUCGAUAGCGACGAGGCACCCGUACCUGACGACGGUAUUAAACCGACAUUCACCGAACGACCGGUGAUAAGGCAAUCCGACGACGGUAACACCAUCACCUUCGAAUGCCGAUUAGUCGGCGACCCGAAACCGAGUGUCAAGUGGUAUCAUGGUAGCGAAGAAGUGAAAGAAGGCGGAAGAUACAAAAUGUCGCUGGAACUCGAUCAGAAGCUCUACCAUCUCGCGAGGUUAAAGAUCGACAACGUGGCGAAAGGCGAUGCCGGUGAAUACCGGGCCAUCGCGAAGAACAAACACGGCCAGGGAGUGGCGACGAUUAACUUAAACUUCGAGGGGGGUGACAAGCUGAAAAUACCGGACGGUAAACCACCACGUUUCCCAAAGAAGCCAACUAUUCGACAAGAAGGAGACGUGUUGAUAAUGGAGUGUGUCUUGGAAGCGCAUCCGGUACCGGAUAUAAUGUGGUACCAAGGCCAGAAAGCGAUCACCGACAGCAAACGCGUGAAGAUGUCACGCAAGGCGACUGGAAAGGACACGUAUUUGCUCACGCUCGAGAUCUCGAAUCCGACGAAGGCCGACGGUGGAAAUUAUCGAUGCAACGCGUUUAACAACUUUGGCGAGAGUAACGCCAACAUCUCCCUCAACUUCCAAGAAGAAGGACCUGGUUUUGCGCCGACGUUCGUCGAGAAACCGCGUAUCAUUCCGAACGAAACCGGUACCUUGAUCACGAUGAAAUGCAAAUGCAAGGCGAAUCCGAAACCGGAAGUCACGUGGUUCCGUGGGACCAAUGUCGUCAAGGAAUCUUCCAAGAUUUCCAUUAAGACGACAACUGUGGAGGAGGACGUUUACGAGUUAGUUAUGGAGAUCAAGGAUCCUUCGGCACCGGACGGUGGCACGUAUAGGUGUCACGUGAAAAACGAAUACGGCGAAAGCAACGCCAACUUGAACCUAAAUAUCGAGGCAGAACCAGAACCAGAAGGUGAUGGUCCUACCUUCGUUGAGAAACCACGUAUUCAGUCUCAAGAUCAGGGUAAACUCGUAAUCAUGGAUUGUAAAGUGAAAGCAAAUCCGAAACCUGAAAUUGUAUGGACUCACGCCGGUAAGGUGGUGAAGGAGUCUUCGAAGAUCUCGAUUAGUAUCGUUAAAGAAAAGGAAGAUAUUUAUUACAUUAAACUGACUUUGAACGAUCCUGGCCCCGACGACUCAGGCUUGUACAAAUGUAAUAUUAAAAACGCUCUUGGUGAAUUGAAUGCCAAUUUGACGCUCAACGUUGAAAUUAUACCCGUGAUUAAGGAAAAACCGAAGGUCAUAAAGAUUGUGAAAAAGAAGACAGUUAUAGUAGAAUGUCACGUCCUUUCCAAGUUCACACCAGAAUGUACUUGGUUUAAAGAAACGAAAGCCGUUAAAGAAGACAAUAGGCAUAAAGUUCACGUCGAGCAAGUGAAAGAUGGAGAAUUUACUGUGAAGUUAGAAAUCGAACAAGUAUCAACUGCCGACAAGGGUGUGUAUAAAUUAGUGGCUCGUAACGAAAAGGGAGAGGCAACGUCUCAAGUUGUAGAAGUGACGGAGAUUAUGGAAGAAGGAGAGAAACCCAAGAUUGUAUCAGGCUUGAAGUCAGCGACAAUUGAGGAAGGUAAAUCGAUCGAACUUAUCGCUAGCCUUUCGAAACAGGAUCGCAAAGUUACUAUUACGUGGUAUAGAGAUUCCACGGUUGUUAAAGCUUCCAAGGACAUCAUGAUAUCUUUCAAUGGUAUAGAUAUGAAACUGACAAUCACGUCGGCCUCCACUUCGUACUCAGGAAUUUAUAAAGUAGUUGUUAGUAAUGAAUUCGGUCAAGAUGAAUCGUCAGCGCGACUGGUCGUCGAGAAAAAAGAAGAAAAGAAAGAGGAGGAAGAAGAAAAGAAAAAGAAAAAGGUCGAAAAGAAAGAAGAAGAGAAGAAGGAGGAAAAGAAGGAAGAGAAAAAAGAGGAGAAGAAGGUAGAAAAGAAAGAAGAGAAAAAGGAAGAAAAAAAAGAAGAGAAGGUAGCAAAUGUUGUUGUUUAUAUUGUUUUUCAAUUUAACUUGUUUCUCCCCUUUGUUAUGUGUUUCGAUAUUACGACACAAAAGGUAAAAAGUUACGAGAAAAAAAGAGUUCCCAAAGAAGAAGAAGAAGAGGAAGAGGAGGAAGAGGAAGAAGAGGAGGAGGAAGAAGUGGUGAGUGUUAUCGAGUCCAGCAUUGCGGAGCCGAUUAUCGACGAACCAGAUUCAGAAACAAUUUCACAAGUAGAGGACAUACCCGACCAUAGACCGAACGGUAUCGACGAACCUAAGAAGAAAUUGGAAGUUCUACAGAAGAAGCCAGAAGAAAAAGUCGAAGAAAAGAAGGAAGUUGAAAAGAAAAAGCUUGUGAAAAAAGCAGAAGAAAAGAAAGAGGAACUUAAAGCAGAGAAAGUGGUAUCUCGCAAGCAGUCUGUUAGCAGAGUGGAAGAAUUGCGAACAGAAAGUCGAAGAAGCUCUUUGACAGCAACGGAAGAAAAGAUUUCCGAAGAUGGCCGCACAACACCGCGACGCAUGUCUAUUCAAAAGGUGGAAGCAGAAGUCAAGACAGAAAGUAGACGUUCUUCCAUCAUUGAGAAGACAGUGACGGCCGAGAAGAAAGCGGAAGUCGUCACAAAAGCUAAAACCGUUGGAAAGGAAGAGAAGAAGGAGGAACUCAAACCCACACCCAAAGUAGAAGAACCUAAGAAAACAGAGCCACCAAAACCAAAGAUCACUCUCGGUAAACCCGAGGAGGCUAAGAAGGAGGAACCUAUCACGAAACUCAAAACACCUACCACUAAACCUGAAGAAGCAAAGAAGGAGGAACCUACCACGAAACCCAAAACACUUACCGCUAAGCCUGAAGAGGCAAAGAAGGAGGAACCUACCACGAAACCCAAAACACUUACCGCUAAGCCUGAAGAGGCAAAGAAGGAGGAACCUACCACGAAACCCAAAACACUUACCGCUAAGCCUGAAGAGGCAAAGAAGGAAGAGCCUGUCACGAAACCUAAAACACUUACCGCUAAGCCUGAAGAGGCAAAGAAGGAGGAGCCUGUCGCGAAACCUAAAACAUCUAUCGCCAAGCCUGAGGAGGCAAAGAAAGAAGAACCUAUCACGAAACCCAAAACACCUGCUGCUAAACCUGAAGAAACGAAGAAGGAGGAACCUGCUACAAAACCUAAGGCCACACUUGGUAAACCCGAGGAGGCUAAGAAAGAAGAACCCGUUCCGAAACCUAAAACCACUCUUGGUAAACCCGAGCCACAAAAGGCAGAGGAACAGCCCAGAAAAGUCAGUCUCAAACCUGGAACGAAGAUCGUAGAGGAAGCAAAGACGUUGAACAAAGUGGAACUCAAGCCAGUGGAACCGAAGGCGAACGUGGAGAAAUUUGGACUGCGUAAACCACCGAAAUACGAAAUUAAAGCCGAGAGCUUUCAGUCGAUCCGACUUAAACCGGUUCCGAAGGAGCCGAAAGUACCUCAAAAAGCUGAAAAUGGCAUUAUAAUUGAUUUGAAGAAAAUCGAGAAGGUGGAAAAGACUGAAGCUAAAAAGGCAAAAAUCACGAAAGUCGCCAAGGACAAGGAUUACGAGCUUCCAGAGAUUCCAGAUUACGAGAGACCGGUGUUGGAGAAGCCACGAGAAUUCGACUUCGGUGAACACGUGCCCCGUGAGAAAACCAAGUUGGAUAGACCAGUCACACAAAAGUUCGAUUCCAAGGUGAGUAAUGGCUCGUUAUUAAUACGAAAAUGA